GCUCGAUAGAAGUCAUAAAAAUGAAAAAUUUUACUUUUAAAGGGUUUAUGGUACCUGUUUUUACCCCUUUUAAAGCUGACAAAUCUCUUGAUUUAGAAGUCAUUCCAAAAUAUGCGGAGUAUUUAAAGCAAAAAGGCAUCGACGCAAUUCUCGUAAACGGCACAACAGGCGAAGGGAUGUCAAUGACGACACAGGAAAGGAAAUCUGUAGCUGAAAAAUGGGCGGUUGAACGUGCGCGAUUGAAUUUUACGAUGAUGGUACAAAUUGGGGGAACAUCUUCAGCUGAUGUUUUUGAAUUGGCACGUCACGCUGAAUCAAUUCAAGUCGACGGAGUCUUAAUUCUUCCUCAACUUUACAAAAAACCACAAUCUGAAGCAGAAUUAAUCGAAUAUUUGGAACAAGUAGCAACUCAUUGCCCAAACACUCCAAUUUUUUAUUAUCAUAUCCCGAAAUAUACAAAAGUCGAUGUGAACAUUUCUCGUGUAAUUUCGUUGGCGAGAGCUCGGUUGCCGACAUUUGCGGGCGUGAAAGAUUCCUCAGCCAACUUGGAGCAGAUCGUGCAUGCGUUGGAUGCGGGCGUGACGAUAUUUUUGGGCACAAAUGCGAUUUUUGUGGGCAGUUUGGCGCUCGGAUUCGACUCGUUCAUCAUGACGCCGUUAAAUAUUUAUCCGGAAAUGAAUCAGGCGAUCAGAGAAUGGAUGGCGGAAGGGAAUGUAACGGCAGCGCGACAAUUGCAGAAAGAGUUGAAUGAAAAAAUACGCGAAAUAACGGAGAAAGGGGAGUUUACAGCGGCAAUGAAGGCGAAAUUUAAUCAAAUUGUUGCCAAUUUUGGAUUAAAUGUUGGCGGAGUGAGAUGCCCAUUGAAAGAUGUUCAUUUUUAACGAAACAUUUUAUAAGAAAAUUUUAAAUUUUUUAAUGUUAAGUUAUCAAAAAUUAAAAAAAAAAUAUUUUUUUCCAAAUUUAAAGACAACUUUAAUAAUUUUUAGCU